UGAAAGAAUUAGUACUCGCAAAUUAACUACAUUUACCGCAAAUUCAGCAUUUCUUCAAUUAUCCUAUUUUCUUGUCCAAUCCCAUCCACUCUUCCAUCUCUCUCUCCCUUCUCUCUAUCUUCAUUUUCUAUACUUUGGGUGUUGAAGUUUUGGUUCUCAAAAUUCUAGGGUUAGGCUUUACUUUUCAAAGAUGGGGCAGCAGACGUUGAUCUACAGCUUCGUGGCUCGUGGCACGGUUAUCCUCGCUGAAUACACUGAGUUCACCGGUAACUUCACGACCAUUGCCGGUCAAUGUCUCCAGAAGCUCCCCACUACCAACAACAAGUUUACCUACAAUUGCGAUGGCCACACCUUCAAUUACCUCGUUGAAAAUGGAUUCAGUAAGAGUCUUUAUUGUGGUGCAGCCUACUGUGUGGUUGCAGUUGAAUCUGCUGGCAGGCAAAUUCCAAUUGCAUUUCUGGAAAGAGUUAAGGAAGACUUCAGCAGGAGAUACGGUGGAGGGAAGGCUGCAAAUGCUACUACCAAGAGCCUGAAUAAGGAAUUUAGGUCCAAACUGAAGGAGCACAUGAAGUAUUGUAUGGAACAUCCUGAGGAAAUUAGCAAACUUGCUAAAGUGAAGGCUCAAGUUUCUGAAGUCAAGGGUGUUAUGAUGGAAAAUAUUGAGAAGGUCCUUGACCGUGGUGAGAAGAUCGAGCUACUGGUGGAUAAAACUGAAAGCCUUCGCUCACAGGCACAAGAUUUUAGGCAGCAAGGAACAAAGAUAAAAAGGAAGAUGUGGUUAGAGAACAUGAAGAUGAAAUUGAUUGUUUUGGGCAUAGUCUUUGUCUUGGUUCUUAUCAUUGUGCUGUCAAUCUGCCCUGGCUUCAAAUGUUAA